AUGGAUGGUGGAAUGCUUCGUCGACAUCGUGAAGGGCUGAUUCGCGAUGGAGAGAAUGCGGACAUGGCGCUGGACCGGAUGAUCGAGGAAGAGCAGAGGACUCAGAGCUCGAGGGCAAGGUCAGUGCCACCGACGAUGGAUGUGAUCUACGAGGUGGAGCUCAUGGAAGAGAACUUCAAGGACCUUGAGAACAUGGAGGAGUUCAACCUGGACAGAUUGGUGAUCGACAUCCUGCAGGGCAACCUCAAACCUUUGGACCAUCGAUUACCGCUUCGGCAUCAACUCCUGGAAGAGAACCUGGUGCAGCUAGUGGGGGGAGCAGCAUGGCUCAGCAAGGGACUCCGUCGUUGUUGGGACCAUUGGCAACUUCCUCUGUGCUGGCUCUUGGGCAGGGUCUUUUUGGAGGUGUUGUUGGAGGGCAGGGUGAUGGAGGUCAACCCCAAAUCAAUAUGUUUUGGAGCCCGGAAGCUAGGAGGCUUGCAGGUUCGACUACACAGGGGACUCCAGGAGGGACUGCUGAGCGAAGGCCUAGGGAGGUCGACGCGGUGGAAUCUCUUCGAAGGCGUCUUCUACAAGAAGCUGAAGAUGCGUUUCAGCGAGAAGUUCAACGACUUGCUGGUGCUGGUGGUGGAAGUGCUGAAGGUGAAGUUCAGAGCUAUCACACUGCGACCAGUGCCAGUGGCCUUCAAAGUACAUCAGCGGGUGGACUUCAAGGUCAACAACUACCUCUUCUUGGUGUCGGAGGCGGUGGAGGCUCUGUGA